CCUAUCCUUCCUUUGACCACAUUGAUCUCGGACAAGUUAGUCAAGAUGUCACCCGAUUUUGAAAACGAUGUUAUCCUUCUCACAUGUGCCAGCGGCAAGCAAUGUUCACAGCUGAUUCCUCUACUCUACGGCAAAUGGAAACGCCUACGCCUUGCUGUACACAGCUCAUCCUCUGAGAAAGUCCUCCAAGAGCAGUAUCCCAACGCCCAUGUUAUCCGCGGAGAUAUGGCAUGUGCUGAAGACGCCCGACGUAUCUUGUCUGGAGUCUCAAGUGUUCUCUAUAUCGGCCCGUCCGUUCAUAGCAAUGAAUCUCAAGUUGGGUUCACAAUGAUCGACGCGGCAUUACACGAGGCGCAGCAUGGUGGCUUGAAACACUUUGUCUACUCCUCUGUGUUGCAUCCACGGAUCCGAAAGCUCAUGAAUCAUGAUAGCAAGCGAUAUGUGGAAGAAUAUCUUAUCGAAUCCGGGCUUAACUAUACAAUCGUCCAACCAAGCCAUUUCCUUGAUCCGCUUCCGGUGUCACAAUUGCUACAGCAAGAGACACCUAUCUUCUCGGCAAAGUUUGACCCUGACAUCACAUUUUCGUUUACCGUUCUCAAAGAUCUGGCGGAAGCAUUCGCGAAGAUUCUGAACGAGCGAGAGAAACACUAUCUGGCCGAAUACACCGCCUGUUCUACUGGUCCUACCUCAUACACAGAUGUCAUAUCUGUCCUGGGCAAAGAAAUUGGCAAACCAAUCCAGAUCGAGCUACUGGAAUAUUCCAAGUCUGCGGAAAUCUUCGAAAAAGCUAUCGCCGGGAAUGGAGCUAUACCACGGACUACCCGCGACACCAUUCAACGGUUAAUGCUCUACUACAAUUUCUACGGGAUUAAAGGGAACACAAAUGUGCUUGAGUGGUUACUGGGGCGGAAGCCGACAACUGUCCAAGAAUUUCUUCACCAGAAGGUGCUCGAGUGUAAGGGUCCUUAGAGGAUUAUAUUUUAGGGUCUGUUGUCAUAUUAUACCCUCUUUGAUGUUGAUAAUCGUAAUUAUAUUUGUGUGGUGGACGUUCUCCAUCACAAAUAUUUCACAUUCAGCCCGAACUAGUGACCUCACGCAAUCAAGGGAAACAAUGUCGGUCUUAAUUUAUGCAUAACAAACCUCAGUUUUCGGAUGUGAGGAGUGAGGAUCAACCCUUUCCCUGUAUUAUAGAACCAACUACAGCUC